AAGUGGCACUACAGAAGCUCCUGCCCUGUCAAAGAGCCUUCAGAAAGGGCUUCACUAGAUCAUUUCUUCUCCUCCUCAAAAGAGAAAGUUCUUUGAAAGGAGAAAUCAAUGGUGAAUUGCACAAUUCAGACUUUCCUUUGUUUUUAAGCUUUAUGGCCUUGUAUAGUCUUUUGAUUAGUUAGAGUGUGUAGGCUAUGUUCAACACAGUGUUCUGUGUUCGCUUCUAAAAAUGUAAAUAUGAGUAAAUGGGAAUCUUCAUAUGAAUCUUUAGUUGUACAUGGAAUGUCAACUAAUACAACCUGUUGGGUAAUUAAAAAUGUGUCAGACCAAACGGAUUGGGUUGCGCGAGAGUGCUCCCUCUAUGAACCAUCUGCGCUCGAACCAGCGGGUGGUGCUUUGUAGUGAAUGCAUUACGCUAGUCACGGCGUAUAAAGACCAGGACGGAAAACUAAGCAUGUCAGUCUUUGCUCUCCACCUUGCGCGCAGAGUCAGAAGCUACUACACGCGUUGGUGUCUGAUUACUCGUGAUGAAAACUGCUUUAUGCUUCAGACAUAACAAUGUCAAAUGGCAAAUGUCAACAAUCCAGUGCGCGCAGUGUGAAACACCUUGUUGAUGGAUGUCUUGAAGUCUACAGUUUAUUACUGACUUUAUAGUCGUGACUUACCCGGUUCUACGACUGACAUUUUUACUACGACGCAUAUUUGGAUCUACUGUGGAAUGGCUAAAGUUGCUUUAAUGGAUUUGUGCAUUUUGUUUCUUGUUGGACUAUCAGCAGCUUAUGCAAAUGGUUUUCCUCCUUUACGGCAAGAUGAGAAUCAGGAGAGUGAGAUUGAUGCAGUGCAGCCAGGCGUACCUUCAAGGAGCUCAGCUGUGAAGUCCACGACAUCUCCCGGGCCCACCGAUGCCGGGGGCCCCACGUGCCUUUCGUGUGAGCUGUCAGGGCCCAAAAGACGAGCCAAGCGGUGUACGUGUUACACAUACAAAGACAAGGAGUGCGUGUAUUACUGCCACUUGGACAUUAUCUGGAUCAACACGCCAGAACGGACCGUGCCGUACGGCAUGUCCAGCUACAGAGGCUCCCAGCGGGUGCGGCGCUCAGCCUUGACCUCCGACUCCUCACACGCAAGCUCACAGCGCUGUGUGUGUGCACAGCAGGUGGACUCUGAGUGCACAGCCUUCUGCAAGGGAAGGGGAGAUUCUCCAUGACAUUGGAAACUACCCAGGCAACCAGGCAUUUAAAACUACCCAGGGAGACCUCUCUGGAAGUUGACCUUUGCAAGCAUUUUCCUCUUCCCUUUAAAGAUUUUCCAGUCGUGUUCCUUUUAUAAAGAGAGAGAUAAAAGCACUCCAAGUAGAAUGCUCUGGACAGCCCGCUCAAAGAGAGACUAGAUAUUGGUGGCGUUUUGAGAGUGCGUGGCGGGAGGCACCACCUUAGGAACCUGCCUGACCCUACGGACAUUUACAAAGGACUGACCGAUGGCACAGCUGUCAGCAGAUCAGGAGAUGAGGAGAGGGUAGCUUCAUGACUGAAUGAGUUUUUUCUUCAACAAGCUGGAAGUGUGUGGGUCCAGAAACCAAGGAUGUGUGUAGUAAUAAGACAGUUCUGGAGUGAAGUCUGGAAUUAAACAGCAAAUGUCACUGACAUAUAUGACUGUCAUUGGUAAAGUGGCAUUGUAGAAUGGAUUCAAAGACUGAAUAAGAAAGAGAAUUAUACAAUCAUAUGCAAUGAUGUCCUCUUUCAAAAUAUCUGGUGUCUGCCUUCUCUCACACUUUUUUGUAUUUUAGUUCAGGUAGAACUGUCAGAUUGAUGUAACUAUGUCUUAUAUUUUUAUACUAAUGUAAAAAUGUGCAAAGCAUGAGUUUAUAUUAUUUUAAUUCAAUAUACUGUAUAGCUAUAUAUUAAGCUGGAUUGUUUGGGUAUUUUCAUUUUCAGUCAACCCCUCCCCUGUCUCCCUCUUCAAGAAGUGAGUUUUGUCAGAAUGCUGUUUUAAAGGGAAAGUACUGGUAGAUUCUUUAUUUGACAAAAGGAAGCCUUGCUUUCUAGCCUUACUUGUCGUCUUGAUUUGAUAUUACCAGCAUCAUUUGCCUGCAUUGAUUUACCCUAUUCCUAAUGAAUUUCUGAAAAACUGUAAUGACUACAGUAAUACCUACAGUAUGCAUGCAGCCUAUCUAAAAUAUAAUGCCGAACAGGUCCCUGUAAGUCUGCAAAACUCACCUCUCAUUCAGAGAUAUUUCUGUAAAAAUCAGACCUUUGAGUUUGUGUCUUGUAUAAACACAUCAUCUUUCAUAUAACCAUGCAGAAUGCACUGUAAUUUGUUAUAAACCAACAUGUUUUCACACAAGCACAUACACACACACACACACAUGCACAGACUGACACACACACACACACACACGCACAGUGCAGAAUGUAUUUUUCGCAUGACUUUGCACAUAACUACUCACUUGAUAAAAAUCUGUUGUAAUGGUGAGUAAUGCAAGGCAACUCAAGAGUCAACAAACAGAGAAAAGGGAAAUAAUUUGAACUUGGUUUGAAUUUCUUCUCAAUGUUUGAGUUGAGGGCAGACAUAAUCCACAUCACACAACCGAUUGACAAUGCUACAGUAAUUCUGUAAUGAAAGUCAAAAUUUUGUGCCAGUAAUGAAACAAAAAGUGUUCAUGUUUUUAGUUUAUUGCAGAUUUUCCUGUUUGUAAUGCUGAAGGCUAAAUCCUGUUUAAAGUGCAUUUUGAUUGUUUUGUCUGAAUGUAUAAUAUUUAAAAAAGGGACAACCACAUAAAGAACAUAAUCCACAAUGCAAUUGUAUUUCUAUUGUACUACAUGAGGUAGUUUGUUUUUCCCCCACACAGCAAAUAUGCUCACCCUGUACAGAACAAGUUCAGCUGUAAAAAAUAAAAGCUAUAUGAAACAUCC